AUGAUAAGCUACUCCCAGUUUACGGAAAGUAGCAUUUCAGAUACACUGCAUCGGUUUUGGAAGAAAGAGCAUGAUUGGGGGUGGAAAAAGUUUAUGGAACUGUCAAAAUUACAUGAUGGCUUUAUUGUUGAGGAUGUUCUUACCAUCAAAGUCCAAGUUCAAGUUGUCAGGGAGAAGACAGACCGUCCAUUUCGUUCCCUUGAUGGCCAGUACCGAAGGGAACUAAUUAGGGUGUAUCUAUCAAAUGUGGAACAAAUUUGCCGGCGCUUUAUUGAUGAAAGAAGAAGCAAGCUUAGCAGGUUGAUUGAGGAUAAACUGGGUUGGUCCAGUUUCAGUGGAUUCUGGCUAGCAAUGGAUCCAAGUGUGCGUCGGCACAUGACAACGGAAAAGACUGAAACUAUAUUGAAAGUUCUAGUGAAACAAUUCUUUAUAGAGAAAGAAGUUACAUCAACCUUGGUAAUUGACUCACUAUAUAGCGGACUUAAGGCACUAGAAUACCAGAGCAAGAACAAAAAAGGGAUACCUAAACUAACAGAGACAGAUGCUCGGAGCACUCCAAUGGUGCUUAUUGAUCAGGACAUGUUUAUUUUGGCUGAUGAUGUGAUACUUUUGUUUGAAAGAGCUGUGUUGGACACACUACCACACCAACCAUUGCCCACAAAAGAAGAUGAAGGAACACAGUACCGCACAAAGGAUGACAACUCAAGUGACGAGUUCGACAAAGAUUCUAUCGAGCGUGAUGAUAGAUGGCUUACAGAGUUAGGCUGGAAGACACUGGAACUUUUUGCCUUAGCUCAUAUAUUCAGCCGAACAGAAGUGGCAUACCAAGAGGCGAUGGCUUUGAAGCGCCAAGAGGAACUCAUUCGUGAAGAAGCAUCUGAGCGAGCUGGAAUUGGACUUAAGGCAAAGCGUAGUGCUGCUGAUAAGAAAAGGCGUGGCAAGAACAUCCACCCUCCCCCGACUCCAUUUCACCACACCUCAUCCCCCCCUCCCCCCUCUCCGACUCGACUAGGGCGCUCGCGCACGCCGCCGCCGCAGUCGACGACGACGAGCGGACGGGAAACAGGGAGAGCUAUCGAUCUCCGCGCGGGCCGUUGGGGCGCACGCACGGCGCGCGUGGCGGCCUCCCCGGUCGGGGGUCAGAUCCGAGCUGAAUCGGGGAGAUUUCCCGGCCAGGAAGGAAAACGACAAGUGCAACGAAGCUGUACUUGUUCAGGCGAUAGGAUAAUGGCUGGCAUUUUGACUGAGGACAAUGGUGGGGAUGCUAGAUCCUCAUCAACUGAAGAGAUGCCGAGUGACCAACAGAGUCAUUCUGGGGAUUCUUUAGCUGAGUGGAGGUCGAGUGAGCAAGUUGAGAAUGGAACACCAUCCACUUCACCAGCGUACUCAGACACUGAUGAUGAUGACUGUGGACCUAGGCCUUCUGAGCUUUAUGGGAAGUUUACAUGGAGAAUUGAUAAUUUCUCCCAAAUCAACAAGAGAGAGCUAAGAAGUAAUUCCUUUGAUGUUGGUGGAUUUAAGUGGUAUAUCUUAAUUUACCCACAAGGAUGUGAUGUCUGCAAUCACCUCUCACUCUUUCUUUGUGUUGCCAACCAUGAUAAGUUACUCCCAGGAUGGAGUCACUUUGCGCAAUUUACAAUAGCUGUAAUUAAUAGAGACCCUAAGAAGUCUAAGUAUUCUGAUACACUGCAUCGGUUUUGGAAGAAAGAGCAUGAUUGGGGGUGGAAAAAGUUUAUGGAGCUGUCAAAAUUACACGAUGGCUUUAUUGUUGAGGAUGUUCUUACCAUCAAAGCCCAAGUUCAAGUUAUCAGGGAGAAGACAGACCGUCCAUUUCGUUGCCUUGAUGGCCAGUACCGAAGGGAACUAAUUAGGGUGUAUCUAUCAAAUGUGGAACAAAUUUGCCGGCGCUUUAUUGAUGAAAGAAGAAGCAAGCUUAGCAGGUUGAUUGAGGAUAAACUGGGGUGGUCCAGUUUCAGUGGAUUCUGGUUAGCAAUGGAUCCAAGUGUGCGUCGACACAUGACAAGGGAAAAGACUGAAACCAUAUUGAAAGUUCUAGUGAAACAAUUCUUUAUAGAGAAAGAAGUUACAUCAACCUUGGUAAUUGACUCACUAUAUAGCGGGCUCAAGGCACUUGAAUACCAGAGCAAGAACAAAAAGGGGAUACCUAAACUAACAGAGACAGAUGCUCGCAGCACUCCAAUGGUACUUAUUGAUCAGGACAUGUUUGUUUUGGCUGAUGAUGUGAUACUUUUGCUUGAAAGAGCUGCAUUGGACACACUGCCACACCAACCAUUGCCCACAAAGGAUGAUAAAAGUUCACAAAACCGCACGAAGGAUGGCAACUCAGGUGAGGAGUUCAGCAAAGAUUCUAUUGAGCGUGAUGAUAGACGGCUUAUAGAGCUAGGCUGGAAGACAUUGGAGCUUUUUGCCUUAGCUCAUAUAUUCAGCCGAAUAGAAGUGGCACAUCAAGAGGCUGUGGCUUUGAAGCGCCAAGAGGAACUCAUUCGUGAAGAGGAAGCAGCUGGGCUAGCUGAAAUUGAACUUAAGACAAAGCGUAGUGCUGCUGAAAAGGAAAAACGUGCCAAGAAAAAACAGGCAAAACAGAAGAAAAAUAGUCGAAAAAGUAAUAAGGGGAAAAGUGGCAAGUCCGACAUCAAUAAGGAAAUACUUAUGGACAGCAGUCCUGAUGAUAGAAUCCUGGAUGAUUUUUCUGGACAAACGGAAGAAAUGUCCUCAAAUGCUGACAACCCUGAAGAAGUUUCUGAUAUAUCUGAUAGCAGAGACGAUAAUUCAGAUGUGCUUCAUGUUGAUAUUGAAGACCGGGAUUCUAGCCCUGUUAAUUGGGAGACAGAUGCUUCAGAAACUCAAGCUACUGUUCCUGGAAGUAGUGAGGUGCAAAAUGACCAUGCAGGGAAGAGGACCUCUACUGUGGAUGAUAGCUCAUCAACUUGUUCAUCAGAUUCAGUCCCUUCAGUUACCGUGAACGGAUCAUAUACAGGAGGUGCCUGGACAAGCGUCAGAUCCUCAUCCAAUAGAGGAAACAACCGGAGGAAUAAGGAUACUGAAACAAGGGCAGGAUUUGCACAAGGUGGAUCAAGUUCAGCGCAUAAUGGUUUUAUAGGAUCUGGCAGCAAUGCCUCUAGCCACUCAAAGGAAAGACACGAACCUGAGGAUGAUAAAGUUGUCUUGCAGAGGAAACAACAUGCACAACGGCACAUUGAUGUCAUUAGCCCCUCCAAGUCAAGGAUGGCGGAGUCUUCAUUUUCUUCUGUGAGCCCUAUUAAGAAGCAACCUAACUUGUCUCAUCAACCAAAAUUUUUGCUAGAAAGCACCAAUAGUUUGAAUCACCGUGCAAGCGAAGUUUCAGGCCCGGCAGCAGGUGCCUCUUCAACCCCGGCAGCUCAGUUAGUUUCGAAUAAAGGACCUGUAUCCAGUGCUGCAACCCAGAAUGAGAAGCCAGUUCCAGUUACAAGUAGACCCCUGCAGGUGCUUGUACCAUCCAAAUCUGAAGCGCAGAAACAGGCUUCCCUAACUGGCAGUGCAACUACUCAGGUUGUUUCAGUAUCAAGGCCCUUGAGUGCCCCACAAGUCCCUGCAGCGAAACAAAGUGCACCAGUCACUUCAACAGCUCCGAAUGCACCUCUUCUUUCUCGUUCAAUGAGUGCUGUUGGGCGGUUGGGAACUGAACCCUCUGCCAGUGCUCCUAGUUUCAUUCCCCGUUCACGAACAUAUCGCAAUGCCAUGAUGGAGAAAAGUUCUGGUGGCGGAAGCAGUUUCACACAUCAGCAAGGUUCAUCUGAGCAAGCAGUUGCACCAUCGCAAUCGAUGUUCACAUUGCAACCUUCCAUUCCGUUAUCAGAGACCUUGUCUAGGAAAGAGGAAACAUCAUUGAGACCUGGGUUUACAUUUGGAACCGUAAAGCCCGAGUCACUGAACCCAUAUCAGGGCAGAGAAGAGAACUCACAGCAAGCUAGCAGCAGCAGCAACAGUGGUGAUUGUACGCCAUCGAGUUCGAACAUCAGAAGCGAGAUUGCGAAGCUCAGUUUGAAUGGAAGAUCACGAAGCAAGCAACUGUUGUCAGAAAUUUCUACCAGAUUUACUCCCUAUCAGCCACAAGGCUUGGUCGCUGAUGAGUUCCCACACCUAGACAUCAUCAACGACUUGUUGGAUGAGGAGCAGAGUGACAGGAGAAGGGUUCUUCAACCUGGUUUUGUUCAACAAUUCUCUAUGCCUAAUGGUGCCAGCACACCUGAGUAUGGCUUGUUUGGUGAGCCAUACCUGUUUGACCAGUCCGAGCAAUACUUUGACGAGGAGCCACCAAGGUUUUAUAGUCCAUUGAGCAGUGCUCCUCGGAGGCUGAGGGACCGGAGCUAUUCACACUUUGAUCUCCCUUCAUACUCCAGCAGCAGCCAUUUUGGUGAUCUGAUGAUGAGUCAGUGGCCAUACAGCCGCACUGACAUCUCCAUGCCUAGUUUUGGGUCAGACAUAAGUGGUUACCCCUAUCAGGCGCAGGAUUUCCCGAGUUCAGCUAAUGGAGCAAGCAGGUACCCAUCGUAUCGCCCUGCCAAUGGGCAUUGA